AUGCUGAAAGUCCAUUCCAACGGAUCUCUGCACGGGCUGCCGGUCUAUCCAGAGUCACCCGACCUGACAGGGCUCACGGCAGUCGUGACGGGUGCCAAUGGAAUAACAGGUUCUGCGAUGGUUCGAGUCCUGGCUGAGGCUCCAAGGCGAUGGAAGAAGAUCUAUUGUCUUUCUCGGCGACCACCCUCUGAAUACACUCUCAAAUCGCUGGGCGAAGAAACGGCUUCCAGGAUCGAACACAUAUCAUGCGAUUUCUUGAGCGAACCCCAAGAGCUUGCUGCAACGCUUAAAAGGUCAAUCCGUCACAUAGAUUAUGUAUUCUUCUUUUCAUACAUGCAGCCACGCUCAGACAAGAGUGGCCCGCAGGGGCAGUGGUCAAAUGCCGAAGAGUUAACGAAAGUGAAUUCAAAACUUCUUUCCGGCUUUCUCUCUGCUCUGGGCAUUUUGGGGCUCCUUCCACGCAGAUUUCUUCUGCAGACAGGAGCCAAGCACUAUGGCUUUCACUACGGCCCAACCUUUAAUCCAUCCUUCGAAACAGAUGGUAGAGUCACCAACGAGUCGAACUUUUACUACGCGCAGGAAGAUGCGCUGAUUGAGUUCUGCCAACGACACUCGGUCCAAUGGAAUGUAGUGCGGCCAUCGUUUAUAAUUGGCGCUGCUCAAGAGUCCGCCCUUAACCACAUCAUCGGCUUGUCCAUUUAUGCAGCGGUACAGGCCCAUCUCAAAAAACCACUGGUGUUUCCGGGGGACUACACAGCAUGGGAUCGCGAGCACUGCCAGAGCACGGCGUUGCUGAAUAGCUACCUGGAAGAAUGGGUUGCAUUGAGCCCCAAUACUGGCAGCGAAGCCUUUAACAUGCAGGAUGGCAGUCCGUUUACGUACGGUCGGCUGUGGCAGUACCUCGCCCAGUGGUAUGGUACCAAUUGGACUCGCCCGGAGACCGAUGAGUCCCGAUACCACGCCAUCCAUGGGACCUACGAUGUCCCACCCAGAGGAUACGGUCCGCGAGGAACCACUCGGUAUUCCUUUACCCUCACGGAGUGGUCCCAAAGCCCUGAAGUUGAACAGGCUUGGGAGGAGUUGAAACAAAAACAUGGCCUAUCUUUAGAUCCGUUUGCGAAACGAGACACCAUUUUCGGCCACACAGAUGCCGCAGUAAUUGGCGGCUGGCCAUUGUCGCUGAGUAUGAGGAAGGCCCGCAAAAUGGGUUGGAACGGGUUUGCCGAUUCAUAUGAAUCAGUGUUCAAUAGUCUGCAUGAGAUGGCUCGCAUGAAAAUUGUCGUGCCGACUGCUCAAGAAGAAUGGGUCGACUAG